AUGAGUCAGUCACAUUGGCGGCAGAGAGGAAGAGGAAACCCAAGUCGAGGGAGCCAUGGGCGUGGCCAACAUAGACAUGCAAGCCAAAAUAGCCAAGGUAGUUUGGAUUAGUUACGUGUCAAAUAAUUCACACUUCUGGAAAGUAUGUCACUUCGGCUACAGAACAUUGUUUUCACAUACAUUACAAAUAACAAAGUAGUUAAUUUAAAUCCGAACAUCACAAUUCUGAAAAAGAGGCUCUAUUAAAAUAGCCAAUGUGACAUACUUUCUGUAAGGGUGUAUUGCCACGUACCACAGGCGAGGGUCAGUAUACUAAUGUAUAUUAUAGUAAAAAUAUGUCAUAAAAUAUAUAUUUAAAAUGAAAUUUACUUGCCUAUUUGAUAGUGUGUGUUCUUCUUUUAUUCCUCUUUUGUUGGGCUAAUAUUUUCCAAGACUUUGCACUUGAUGGUUGCAGCUAGUAUAUACAUAUAACAUACUAGUAGCAGCCACAACCAUCAAGUGCAAAGUCUUGGAAAUAUUAGUCCAACAAAAGAGGAAUAAAAGGAGAAUGCACACUAUCAAAUAGGCAAGUAAAUUUGAUUUUAAAAUAUAUAUUUUAUGACAUAUUUUUACUGUAAUAUACAUUAGUACAGGGACGGAUCCAGCAUGAUCUGGUACGGGGGAGGGGGGUGUGCGCUGCCAACUCUGGUGCCAAGUUGUGUCGGUCAUGUGCGCCGCUGCCGCCGCACGCCCAUCAACUUGCUUGACUACCGUAUUUGAAUUGAAAUUGUUGUUCACAGUUCACUUAUCAUCAUGUUAUUACUCAAAUUACUGUUUCUCAUUUUGUCUCCAAUAUUUUUUGCUUUAUUAUGAAAAAUAGCACCCCCCUGGCCAUCCCUGCAUUAGGAACGGUUCCUUGUAAUAAUGAUCUGCCUGUGGUUGUACAUGUGGUGUUUUUGCACGGUGAAAUAUUUUACAUCCUGGCUUUUGCCUCUGGGGGUGUAUUUACAGUAUGUCAGUCACAUUUUUAGGAGACUAUUACGCAUGGGAAAUUGAUACCUUUUUCAGAAAGCGGUAUCAAUUUCCUGUGCGUAAUACAAAAUGACUGAAAAACGGCAAACUUUGCAGGGCUAUAUUAUCCGCAAUUUACAACAUUUUGCAACGCAACUUCGGACUAUUACUAAUGUUGUGAUGCUCUUUCAAGCUGUGAUGAAAUUUUGUCUAGACUUGUCUAGAUCAAAAUUUUGUUCAUUAGGGAAUAGGUCCAUUCAUUUGAUGCAUUUUUUGAAAAUUUAAUAAGUUCCUGUAUAACUGAUAAACUUGCUGUAUAAUUGAUAAUGCAUCAGCCACCUUAGGCAUAAAGAGGCAGGAAGCAACUAAUUGAAACGAUUGAACACAGAAAUGAUUGAACGCAGGAACGUGCGGGUAUUUGGUCCAAUGCCUCAAAUGAUGGAGAGGCAGAGCUUAAUAUAAUUUCUUUGGGGAGGAGGUUAUUUGAGAUAGAGACUUUAUAUUGGUCACAAACCUGCAUGAAACUUAGUAGGUGUUUUUGUUAUAUAGGAAAUGAACAUGAAACACCUUUUACAAACAGCGAGAAGGGCGGGUCUUUCUACAGAGGUCGAGGGCGUGGCUUCAGCCAGAGAGGUCGUGGCCAACACCGUAGGGGGAAUAGAGGGCAUCAUUCUUCUCGAGGAACUUCUGGGGAUGUGAGCAGUUCCUAUCGUGGACAUAGGGAUAUGCAAGGUGGACGAUCAACACCAAAACCACAACAAAAAUUUCUUGACUUUCCAUUCAUCGAACAUCAUGAAACUGUUCGCUUACUGCCACAGUUUCGAGUCAUGUUUAUUUUGCGAGGCCUACCGGGCAGUGGCAAGAGUACCAUAGCCGACGCCAUUUUGCAACAAUACCGAGAUCAUGCCAUCGUUUGUUCCGCCGAUUAUUAUCGUUAUAAUAAAGAUGGCGAGUACGUCUGGCACGAAGAUACACUACAAGAAACACAUAACAAAUGUCAAAGACGAGCAGAGAGAUUUGCUGCCUUGAACAAACCUGUCUUAAUAAUAGGUGAGUCUGAUUAUACCAAAUAGUACGGCCCCUUCUGCUUUUCUUGUUUACAAAAAAGUCUGACAAUUGUACUUGUCUACUUCACAUCCAAUAGGUAGGUGUUGGAUGUCAAGCUAGAAUGUGUAUUUUUUAACCCAUUGAGCACCAGUGCUCUCGCAUUGUCAACUAGAAUUGCCAGUAGGACAGAGUAAAAUUAUAAUAAAGUAGCUUGGACCCAUUAAGCCGGUUUUCCACUAGGCGGAAUUUUGCACGCGGAGCGGAAUCUUACUUUGUCUUCUCUAAUUAGUUCCACCCGAGAAAUCACAAGACAAAGAAAAAUUCCGCUCCGCGCGCAAAAUUCCGCCUAGUGGAAAACCGGCUUUAGUGUGCAAUACAACUUUGGUUAAUCUUGAUUACCAUAAGACACAGUGGUGCAUGUACUGUAACUUUACUGUUUUGAUCACUUGCUCUGAGGGCAAGUUGGACAUAAAAAUUAGUUGCCCUUUUUCAUGUUCAUCUGAACCUCUUUACAGGGUGUAUAAAAACACUCCACCGUUCAAGAAUGUCAGCUAAACUGCAUACAAAUUCCGCAAAAUUUGCGGAACAUUAACUUAAUAUGCAAUAGUAUGGCCUAUGGGUGAGUUUGGGGUCUGCUAGUGUAUCUGCACCACUAAAAUUGUUUUGAGAAGUAAAUGUUCAAGUGCAGGAGGGUUGUUUGAAAAAAAUACUUUAUUUUAAAAAUGGCUUGCGCACACUAAAUUGGAAGGCUUAACUUAAUUAAAUUCACGAGGUUGACUCAUUUGGAAGGUGGUUUAUGAACUAUCAGAGUACCAGACAGCUUGAUGUAGACUAACGUACUAAAGCAGGAGUAAUACGAGCACAAAGUUGCUGCAACUUGCAACAAAAUCUGAUUUCUACGCAUGUUAAUUGAAAAUGUUUACACAUAAAUUACAAAUCACGAGGCAACACGUGUCAACAUUUCUACUUAACAUGCCUUGAAAUCAGAUUUUGUUGCAAGUUGCAGCAAUUUUGUUGCUCGUAUUACUCCACCUUAAGUCCAAUGCGCAACCCAUAAAACUUGGACUUUUUGCCGUAAAUUUAGCUGUUCACGCACGCGCGCAUGACUGAUUUAUGCAUGACUGAAGCCCCGUUUACACUACGCUCGAUUUUUGGUACCGUACCACUUUUUUGGUUCUUGGACUACCUAAAUAGGAAGUCCAAGAACCAAAAAAAUGGUACGGGUGUAAAAAGUGGUACGGGUACCAAUUUUAUCCGUACCGUACCAAAAUUGAGCGUAGUGUAAACGGGGCUUGAGAGGUCGCGCCUUGGACUCAAUGUACAUCACAUUGUCUGGUACUUUGAUAGUUUAUAAAACACCUUCUAAAUAUGCACCCUAUUAAUGAAUUAUAAAUGACUGCAGUCAAAGUCUGGCUUGCUGCAGUCUGCAUGCAGAGUGACCAACCAACCGAACCUACCAGUCCACCAACCAACUGACUAAUAAAACGAUUGACUAAAUUUAUUUAAAAAACUCAUUAAUAAUUCAGGAGCAAAACACAAAGAAAAAUCAUAAGCGUGUCGUAUCUUUAUAUGUGAUAAAAAAUCAUGUUAAUUUACAUAAACUUUAGCUUUGAUUUUCUCGGUUUAGACAAAGUUUAUUUUAAAAAUUACUUCGCUAAUGUACUGUUCAGAAGAUAGGUCGUUUUUUAAGCCAUUUAAAGUACUUAUUUAGUGCUUUAAAUAGUACUUAUUUAACUUUGCCAAUAAACAUUAAAACACAGAAAAUACAUAUAUGGACAAUGGCAGGGAACACGCUACAGCUUACGCCAAUUACAGCGGCCCUUACAUAUAAGAUACGGCAUCACAAACACAUUAAACUAAUAACAACACGAUACUUCACAGGACAGAUUACAGGACUUGUUACAGGACAAACAUAUUAAUUUCCAUUUUGCCUUUGGCAGUACAUUCCACAUUCUGGUACAUCUAUUUAAAUGUUCAUUCGGUUGGCACACGAUGCAUGGAAAGAGGAUUUUAGAAUGAAUUUUGGUUUUGGUCAGGUCUAAACCAUGAUUUUUAUUUCUAGACAAUACAAAUGUGACACACUCGGAAGUGGAAACGUACAUCAACUUAGCCAAACAAUAUGGCUAUGUGGUUGUUUUAGUUGAACCAAAGACGCCCUGGAAAUUUGAAGCUCGGCAGCUGACGGCUAGAAACACACACAAUGUCUCAUUUACAAAGAUAUGUAGAAAAGUCGGGCAGUACGAUGAAAUCUUGCCUCUUUAUUUUGGAUGGUUUGUAUCGCCUGCAGAUUAUACAAGACUGCAGACAACGGCUAAAGACAUUUUAUGGAAAUGCUUACAAAUUUCAGAUUUUCAACAAUGCAUCAAGGCAUUCUCAGGUGACCUGACAAUCACAGAUUUCAUUCUAGAGCAGAGUAUUUAAUAUAUAGAUCAUCGCUAUGCCCAUGCCCCAAAUCCUGAUAUUUAGUUACAUACUGCACCGUCACCUUGAACUUGUGGUUACAGCUCAACAACUGGACUCUGUAUCACAGAGCCGCAGGUUCAAUUCCUGUGUGCCUGGUUUAAAGUCUAACUGAAAUGCACAAACUUUAUACUCGAAAUUGCCUUCCACAAAAUUCCUUUUACAAAAUCCUUUCAAAAACGAGGAUUUUAAUUACCAAUUGGGACAUGUUAGGGGCUGUUCAAAUAAGCCCGGGCUAGCCGGCAUGAAUCUUGUGACGAAAAUUUUUGCCGACCAUAAAAAUUACCAGUACUCUAUGUACUGUUACUGAAAUCAAACUAAGCUACUUUGAAAUGUCAUUUCCCCAGGCCAGCCCGGCUACAUAUGAACAGUCCAUACUAUAUACUUGUAAGAACAAAUUUAAUGCUUUAACCAUACUUAAUCUGCCUUUGUCUAUUGUUUGCCUUUCUUUGCUAUUUGGCAUUGUCUAAAUCUAAUUCCGGAUAGUUGUAUUUAUGAAGGGGAUGUGUUGAAUUGACAUUAUUUCUAUAUAUUAUAUAGGCCAUUCAUAUCCGAAGUUCACAGUUCACAACGCGUUGUCUUACUACUCAAUCAAACAUUCUGAUCGCCAAGACUAUCAUGUCACAGCGUGUUUUUCACCCCGAGGCAAAUACCUGGCUGGCUCGCCGUAUCACAAAUCUCCUGCAGUUGGGAAAGCUUUGGGUGAAAUUUCACAGUUGUCGAUCAUCGGAUGUGUGAUCACAAAUGACACAUUCAGCGCCCGCGUGUCACUUACUAAGAAACAGCGUGCAUUGUGGAUGAAUGAUAAUCAAACUGGACAACAGCAAAGAAAGAGAGGUACAUGCAGUAAAACAAAUUAA